AUGGCAGCAUCACUUUUUGUUGCAGCAGCAGCUGUUGAGAAGAUUGCCAGUGCUUUUGUAGUUACUGAGCCUCUCAAAAAUCCACAAAUGGAUGGAUGCUUCUCGGUGGGUGGCCGUGGCGUGGCAUGUGGCGAGCUGCGUGAUGAGGUAUGCCAUGUGGCGGGCUUCCAGACCCUGACGAGCCACAUGACUAGCCACGUGGCGGUGCCACAGGCGUACUACCUGCUGCUGGCACUCAUGCUCGGUCAGCCUGUCAAGACCGCACCUACGCCCGCCAAGCUGGAGCUGAGCAGCAUCUGGUCGUACGUGUUCGGGAGCCCCGUGACAGGCGCGUCGCCCCCGAUAGGCAACGUCAGCGGCAGGGCAUCGCUGUGCCCUGAGGCCUUCAUCACCUUACUGGCCAUGAUCCGCACCAUCAUCUCCCCGGGGUUCGUGGGGCCCCCGUGGCUGGACGCGUGUUCCCGCACGCUGCUGGAGUUGGUUCAGUUCCUGCACCUGCACAACGAAGACCUGGCGCCGGCGCUGCUGACCUGCGACGUGGUCACCGCCCUCGCCCUCACCCUCUUCCCUGCCAACAACGGCGACCUCCUCACCACGCCCCACUCUGACAAGAGAGGCAACCUGCUGAGCGACAUGGAGGUGGUGUGCCCCGGGCGAGGCUGUAAGUCCCUCACGCAACACCCUGCCAGGAGGGACGUGGUGGCGCUCCUCGAACGCCUUGUGCUCGACUCUCUCCUCAUGCCGCCCCCCAAUAAACCCCCACACGUCAUUGACUUCAUUCUCGAUGCGCCCCCCGAAGAGUGCGGCUCAUGA